AUGGGCAACAGCCCUACGAAACUCAGCCAGCGGUUGGAGCGCGCCGAGAAGACGGGCGUCCUCGCGCUGCGUGACUGUGGCCUCGAGAAGGUGCCGGACCGCGUCGUCAGCGUGGCGGGCUUACGCGUGCUCGACAUGUCGCACAACAAGCUGACCUCGCUGCCGAGCUCCCUCUCGCGGCUGGAGGGCCUCAAAGACCUCAGCCUCGACGCAAACAAGCUCGCCUCUCUGCCCGCACAGAUCUGCAUGCUGCCUCGGCUCGAGACGCUCUCGGCGCCGUCGAACGACCUCACCUCGCUGCCGGGCGCGAUCGGCUCGCUCGUCAAGCUGCGCAAGCUGGUGCUGACAGGGAACCGGCUGACGGCGCUUCCCGACAGCCUCUGCGCGCUCGCUGCCCUGCCGGAGGCGCUCGGCCAGCUCGGGUCGCUGGUGGAGCUGACCCUCGCGGAGAACUGCCUCUCCGCCGUGCCCGCCUCCACGGGAUCGCUGAGGCGGCUCAAGGACCUCGACUUGCGCGGCAACCCUCUCGAGGGUCUUCCGGCCGGCCUGCUCACCGACACGCCGCUGCAGCACCUGCAGCUCGACGAGAGGCUGCUCGCCAAGGACGGCUCGCUGCGGGAGGACGUCGAGGGGCGCGAAGCGUACGCCGCGCGCCGCAAGGCGAGAAUCGACAAGGAGCUGCACGGUAAGGCGACUGGCGGAGACGUCAACUUCUCCUCGUGAGCCCCUGAUAGCACGCCGGCCGCCGCGCCUCACCCGAGGGGCGCGCCGGGGCUAUCGACGUCGGCACGGAGCCACGGCGCGCCGCCCGCGCACGUGGCUCAACACACUCGCACAACGAUGCGUUAUCUGUUCAUAUUUCUUGUAUUUUAUUACGCGUUUUCAGUUUCA